UCCCGCGGCUGGGGUGCGCCCGCCCCGCAGCAUGGAGGCUGGGAAGCGCAGCUCCUCCGCCGGCAGCCGGGACGAUGGCAGCGCUAACUCGUUCCCAGCCAAGCCGGCGGCCUCGGCGGAGAAAGCCCAGAGCAGCCCCGGCAGCGGCGGCGUGAAGGAGCAUGGCAACUCGGUGUGCUUCAAAGUGGACGGCGGCGGGGGCGAGGAGCCCGUGGUGGGCUUCGAGGAUGCCGAGGGACCCCGCCGGCAGUACGGCUUCAUGCAGCGGCAGUUCACCUCCAUGCUGCAGCCGGGGGUCAACAAAUUCUCCCUCCGCAUGUUCGGCAGCCAGAAGGCGGUGGAGAAGGAGCAAGAAAGGGUUAAAACUGCGGGGUUCUGGAUCAUCCACCCCUACAGCGACUUCAGGUUUUACUGGGACUUAAUCAUGCUCAUAAUGAUGGUUGGAAACCUUGUCAUCAUACCAGUCGGAAUCACAUUCUUCACGGAGCAAACAACAACACCAUGGAUUAUUUUCAAUGUGGCAUCAGACACUGUUUUUCUAUUGGACUUGAUCAUGAAUUUUAGAACUGGGACUGUAAAUGAAGACAGCUCUGAGAUAAUACUGGACCCUAAAAUCAUUAAGAUGAAUUACUUAAAAAGCUGGUUUGUGGUUGACUUCAUCUCAUCAAUACCAGUGGAUUAUAUCUUUCUCAUUGUAGAAAAAGGAAUGGAUUCAGAGGUUUACAAGACAGCAAGAGCGCUUCGUAUUGUGAGAUUUACAAAAAUCCUCAGCCUGUUACGUUUAUUGCGCCUUUCCAGACUGAUUAGAUACAUACACCAGUGGGAAGAGAUUUUCCACAUGACGUAUGAUCUGGCCAGUGCAGUGGUGAGAAUCUUUAAUCUGAUUGGAAUGAUGCUUCUGCUGUGCCACUGGGAUGGUUGUCUACAGUUUUUAGUACCAUUACUCCAGGAUUUCCCACCAGAUUGCUGGGUGUCCCUAAACGGUAUGGUUAACGAUUCCUGGGGAAAGCAGUACUCCUAUGCCCUGUUCAAAGCCAUGAGCCACAUGCUGUGCAUCGGGUACGGAGCCCGCGCCCCCGUCAGCAUGUCCGACCUCUGGAUAACCAUGCUGAGCAUGAUCGUGGGGGCCACUUGCUAUGCCAUGUUUGUUGGCCACGCCACUGCCCUCAUUCAGUCUCUGGAUUCAUCACGACGACAGUACCAAGAGAAGUACAAACAAGUGGAACAGUACAUGUCAUUCCACAAGUUGCCUGCUGAAAUGCGUCAGAAGAUCCAUGAUUACUAUGAGCAUCGCUACCAAGGCAAGAUCUUUGAUGAAGAAAAUAUUUUGAAUGAGCUCAAUGAUCCUCUCAGGGAGGAGAUUGUCAACUUCAACUGUCGGAAGCUGGUGGCUACAAUGCCUCUUUUUGCUAAUGCAGACCCAAAUUUUGUGACUGCCAUGCUAAGCAAACUGAGAUUUGAGGUGUUCCAACCUGGAGAUUAUAUUAUCCGAGAAGGGGCUGUGGGUAAGAAGAUGUAUUUCAUUCAACAUGGUGUUGCUGGUGUUAUCACCAAGUCCAACAAGGAGCUGAAGCUGACAGAUGGCUCUUACUUUGGAGAGAUCUGCCUGUUGACCAAGGGCCGUCGAACUGCCAGUGUACGAGCAGACACGUACUGUCGCCUGUACUCCCUCUCAGUGGACAACUUCAACGAGGUCCUGGAGGAGUACCCCAUGAUGAGAAGGGCCUUCGAAACGGUGGCGAUUGAUAGACUUGACAGGAUAGGGAAGAAGAACUCGAUCCUGCUGCAGAAGUUCCAGAAAGACCUCAACACCGGCGUUUUCAACAACCAGGAGAACGAGAUCCUGAAGCAGAUCGUGAAGCACGACAGGGAGAUGGUGCAGACCAUCGCCCCGGUGAGCCUGCAGCAGAUGCCAGCCCUCAACUCCAGCACCGCGGCCUCGUCGCGCGGCAGGACGCAGUCCCCGCCCGUGUACAGCACCAGCAGCCUCUCGCACACCAACCUGCACUCGCCCUCGCCCAGCACGCAGCCGCCCCAGCAGGCCGUCAUCCUGUCGCCCUGCUCCUACACCACGGCCGUCUGCAGCCCGCCGGUGCAGAGCCCGCUGGCCGGCCGAACUUUCCAGUACGCCUCGCCGACCGCCUCGCAGCUCUCCCUCAUGCAGCAGCAGCAGCAGCAGCAGCAGCCGCAGGCAGCGCAGCAGCCGCCGGGAGCCGCGCAGAAGAACGAGGUGCACAAGAGCACCCAGGCCCUCCACAACACCAACCUGACGCGGGAGGUGCGGCCGCUCUCCGCCUCGCAGCCCUCGCUGCCCCACGAGAUCUCCACGCUGAUCGCCAGGCCUCACCCCACGGUGGGCGAGUCGCUGGCCUCCCUGCCGCAGCCCGCGCCGGGCCCCGGCGUGCCCCCGGGCGGGCGGGCCGGCGUGCCGCAGCGGGUCUCGCUGUUCCGGCAGAUGUCCUCGGGAGCCAUCCCCCCGCACCGCGCGGCCGCGCCGCCCGCCGCCCCGCUCCAAAGGGAUUCUUCCACAGUCUUAAGCACAGAGCCCGAGGGAGACAAACCGCGGUUCGCCUCAAACUUAUGAUCCCUGGUGACUGUGAGCAACAGACUUGCAACAAACCGAGCACCAUCCCCCGAACUGUUUUAGCCUGUUUCCUAAUGUGCCCCAGCAGUCUACUAUGAGAAAAAUAAUUUAGACAGCUUUGCCCUAUGUAACGAAUGUAAAAGUUUUAUAUAUAUAUAUAUAUAUAUAUAUAUCUAAAUAUAUAUAUAUAUAAUCAACUAAUAAAACUUGUUUGAGUUCAUGUCUUCCUUUUUCACAACCAUUACAGAAGAUUAAAUUUAGUGCUAAUAUUACUAUUUUAAUGUGUUGACUUUAAAAUCAGCCUAACAGAUUUCUCUGUUUAUGAGAUUGGCUGUUUUCAUGGGGAAAUUGUCAACACAACAACAAACUUCAAACAAGUAUAUUUUAAAAAAAGAGAAAAAAAGCGUCAGUUUAACUAACACAUAGCACUGACUGAGUGAUAUUCUGAAACCUUUGUUACUUCAUUUAUUGCGUGUACAUUUUUAAUUUCUCAUGAACAAUUCGAUUGUUGUUUCACGUUGCAUUUCAUAUGUUAGCACCAUCCAUUGGAAUUUAGAUUGGGAAAGAAUUAUAUUGCAAACACCUGCAGUGUAAAGGGAGGCACUAGCACUCCUCCGGAUAGGUUGUAACCUCAUGGCACGUCAGCCCUUCUGUUGUCUAAGAGAAUUGGGUGGACUUUGAUCUUCACACUGCUAAAGACUUUUCAAAGACUAAAUAUUGCCAUUGUAAAUAACUUUUUAGACCCAAGCAAAAAUAGCUGCUGUGUGGUGUACCAUUGCAAGGUCUUUGUUUAGGAAUUUAGGUUCCGCUUUUCACUUCAAAAUUUACAGUUUUAAAAUUUGUUAAAGCUAAGUGCAACACAACUGUUAAAUUGUAAUGCAAUGGCUUAAACCUACAGUGUUACUUUUACAUGCAAUGUUUUAUGCAAAAUUGUACGCUUGAUCCUGCAAACCGCUUGUACUUCACCAAUACCAUCACUUUUCUUCUUCUUGCCCUCAAUAGCAUCUGAG